UGCGUCGCCACCACCACCCCGUCGACGUCAGAUACGAAAUUCUCGGUCGACGCAACCACGACGACAGACGAGAGGCCGCCGAAGAAACGACGAACUGCCAUGGAGACCCUUGAAGGAGAUGCAGGAUUUAUGGACAAGUACAGUCGCCAAAUUGGCGCGUUUGGGCUGGAAACCAUGGCCAAGCUCGUCAAGUUGAAGGUCUUGAUUGUUGGCAUGCGUGGGGUUGGCAUCGAAUGUGCCAAGAACUUGAUCUUGGCUGGACCUGGCGCCAUCACCAUUCAUGAUGAUGGGCUGACGGAGAUCGAAGACGUGGGGGUCAACUUCUUCUUGACCGAGGCCGACGUUGGCACCCCUCGUGGGCCUGCCGUGUUGCAUCGCGUGGCCGAGUUGAACAAGACCGUGACAGUCAAGGCCCACACGGGACCGUUGACAGAGGAUAUCGUGCGCAAGCACAAUGUCGUUGUGUUCACGCACACGCCACGCGACGAGUUGAUCCGAUGGGAUGCAUUUUGCCGCAAACAGUCCCCUGCAAUUGGGUUCAUCAACUGCGACAUUCGAGGCGCGUUUGGGUAUGCGUUCACCGACUUUGGUCCUGCGUUCUUGACCCACGAUGCGACGGGCGAGAACCCCAUCACACGUAUCAUCACAGACAUUACGAACGACGACGACGGGCUUGUGUCGUUGCUCGGGCCCGACGACGACGGCAAGAUGCACGAGUUGCCCGACUCGGACCACGAUGGAUGGAUUGAGAUUAGUGAAGUGGACGGCAUGGUCAACCUGGACGACCCGACCCAGACCAUCAACACGAUGGGUCCCUACCGCAUCAAGUUUGCGUCGAAAAAAGUGUUUCGAAAUGGCAAGCAAGUCGAAGUGUUUGAUCCGUAUCACUUGAAGCUUGUCGGCGGCACCGCGCGGUUCUCGCCGUACCUUGGUGGCGGCAUGUUUACGCAGAGCAAGCAGCCCUUUACGACGCAUUUUCGAUCGUUCCAGGAGACGCUGGUGUCGCCCGUCCAUCCGGGCGAUUUUGGCCUCAUGUUUACCGACGGCGCUAAAUUUGGUCGCGCGGAACAAUUGCACUUGCUCGUGUGGGGCCUCAUGGAAUUCGAAGCAACGCACGGGCACUUGCCUCGUCUGUACAACGACGAGGACGCUGACGAAGUGAUUGCGCUCGCCAAAGCUGGUCCGCCCGCCCUUCCCGGCGUCGAGGUCGAGCCACUUCGCGUCGACGAAGUGGACGAGACGCUCCUCCGACAACUGACCCACGUCGCGCGCAUCGAGUUGCAUCCCGUCGCGGCCUUUUACGGCGGUGUGAUUGCGCAGGAAGUGGUCAAGUUUACGGGCAAGUUUACGCCGUUGAAGCAGUGGAUGCACUUGGAUUUCGCCGAAGUCCUCCCGGACAAGCGACCGACCGACUGGGCGCGUCAAAACUCGCGCUACGACCACAUGAUUCAAGUGUUUGGCGCGGCGUUUCACGACCAACUCGCCAACGUGCGAACGUUCUUGGUCGGGUGCGGCGCGCUCGGGUGCGAAUACCUCAAGAACUUUGCCAUGGUUGGCGUCGGGUGUGGUCCCAACGGACUCAUCACGGUCACUGACAACGAUCGCAUCGAAGUGAGCAACCUGAACCGUCAGUUUUUGUUUCGAGAACACAACGUGGGCCAGCCGAAAUCGGUGGCCGCGACCGCCGCCGUCCGCCACAUGAACGCGUCGCUGAACGUGCUGACGCUGGAGCACUUGGUCGCCCCGACGACGGAGCACGUGUUUGACGACGCGUUCUGGAACGAUCUGGACUUUGUCACGAACGCCCUCGACAACAUCAAGGCCCGGCUGUACGUUGACUCGAAGUGCGUGUUUUACAAGAAGCCGCUGCUCGAGAGCGGCACCCUCGGCACGAAAUGCAACGUCCAGGUCGUGCUGCCGUACAAGACGGCGAGUUAUGCUGACGGGCCAAAGGACGCUCCUGACGACAACAUCCCCAUGUGCACGUUGCGCAACUUUCCGUCGCUGAUUGAACACUGCAUCGAGUGGGCCCGCGCCCAAUUUGAAGACGUGUUUGUCGUACCGUUUGCCGACGCGGCCAAGUUUGCCGCGGAUCCGUCGACGUACGUGCAAACGGUGCGCCUCGCGACGGUGGACCACGUGAAUCCCAAGAUCGGUGCGUCGGCUGUCUCGAGCGAGCUCGAACGCGUUCGCGCAUUGCAUCGGCUCGUUACCAAGCCGCAAGUGGACUUUGACGUGUGCAUGGGGCUUGCCCAGGACCUGUUCACGUCGCUCUUUCGCGAUCGCAUCCUCCAACUGAUCCACAAUUUCCCGGAACACCACCAGACCAAGUCGGGCGAGAAGUUUUGGACUGGCGCGAAGCGAUUCCCCCAGGCCGCGACCGACAUGGACUUUUCAAACACGUACCACGUCGACUUUGUUCGGUCGGCGGCCAACCUGUUUGCCGUCAACUUUGGCUUGCAGCCGUUGCCGGAAGACGACGUCGUGCUAUUGUCGUCGUCAUUGCGCCAAGUCGAGACGUUUGCUGCGUACGUAGAGUCGCAUCCGAUGCCAGAGUGGCAUCCGUCGAGUGAAGCAAUCGCGGAAAACGACGAGGCACUCAAGAAGCAGCAGCAAGAGCGCGCGACCACUUCGACCGACGUCCACGAGCUCGAGCGGCUCCUGGACGAGCUCGGGUCGCUCUCGUCCAGCCAGGUCGCGACUGCGCAGCGCUACGUGCCGGCGGACUUUGAAAAGGACAACGAUUUGAACUUCCACAUUGACUUUAUCGCGGCCGCGGCCAACAUCCGCGCAUGGAACUACCGCAUCAAGCAAGUGUCGCGGCACAAAUGUAAGAUGAUUGCGGGCAAGAUCAUCCCUGCGAUCGCGACGACGACGGCCAGCGUCACGGGGCUCGCCAUGAUUGAACUGCUCAAGAUCGUCCAGGGCAAGAAGCUCGACCAGUUUAAAGACUCGUCCAACUCGCUCGGCCUCAACAUGUACUUGCUCCAAGAACCCGCCGAGCCCGAGAAGGCCAAGGACGAGUACGACAUGAUUGAAAUGUCCGAGGUCAAGUGCAAGCCGCCGGGAUUCACCAAGUGGGACACGACGCUUGUCACGGUGGCACCACGCGUAACGCUGUCCGAGUUUCUCGAUCAACUGCAGGACCAAGUGGGGCUGCAUGUAAACUUGCUUUUCCAUCCCAUCGCCGAAGUGGACGGUGACCAGUACAGCGCGGUCCGCGGACUCAUGCUAUACGAUCGCACGGCCUUUAGCGCGGCAUUGAAGGCUCUGUACAAGGAAAAGCUAUCGGUGCCGCUUCGGCAAUGGGUCGAGGAGCGCUACCACGGCCUCGUCGACUGCGACCGUCCGUUUGUCGAGUUUCAAACGUCGUGCUCGGACGAUGACGACGUUGUGUACAAAAUUCCAACGGUCGUGUGUCGUUUCAUCAAAUAGAUCAUGUUUUUUUUUUUCAAUCGAAGCGCGGCGCCUCGGCCAGUUUGUCGAGUCGCAUUGAUAUCACUUGCGCCAUGCGUUGGGGCGAGCUUGACGUGAAUGAACC